AUGCAAGAACCAUUAGAAAUUACUCCAUCAGACCAAAAUUAUAUUUAUGAACAAUUAUCACCAUUGGGUGGAUUAUUUGGUGAAGAAGUUACAUGUCAAUGUCCAAUAUAUUCAACAGAUGAAGCAGGUGAUGUUGAAUUAGUACCAAGAAUAUUAGUAAUUGGAAAAUAUAGGAUAUUAUUAAUAAAGAAAGAAAAAGGGGAAAAAAAGGUUUUAAAGAAAAAUAUACAUUUAUAUGAUUUAAUUGAAGUAUCAGAACCAAUUAUAAAUUGUAAUUUUAAUGCAAUGCCAAAUAUUAUAGAGAUAAAAUAUAGGGAUAACUCAUCAACAGGUGGAAGUGGUGGUGGUGGUGGUGGUGGUGGUGCAGCCGCAGGUGGAGGAGGGGGUGCAAUGACAGGAGGUGCAACAUCAGCAUCACAAGCAUUACAUAAUCAAUCACAAAUUAAAUCAUUUAUAAUACAAUCACCAAGUAGAGAGAUUGAAAUUAUUAUAGUAAAAACGUUAGCAUUAACAUCAUGGUCAAUUUCAAAAGGGUUCCCACAAGAGUAUAUAAUGAGGGUAAAUUUAAAUAACCCACCCAACCGAUACCCACAAUUGAAAUUCGAUCAUGAUAUUGGUAUUGCCGAUGGUAAAGGUAUUGCAGAGUGUUAUAUAGCGCAUUCACAUUAUUUCAAUACCAAAUCAACAUUGGACUAUCUUAGACAUUUGGAAACACUUUAUCAAAGUAGAUACCCGGAAUUGGACUUAUCAGACAUAGCGGGUAUUGACGCAACCUCAUCAUUGGGAUUCAAUUUAUACACUGGUAUCAUAUGCUUACGUCAUAAUAGAUUCAUCAGAUCGUUAAAGGCCAAUUCAAUACCACAUAUAAACGUAACGUCGGCCAUUGGCGAAAUGAUGUUGACCAAUAAAACCAUCACCCAAUUGGAGAUCACCAAUCUAUUGACAGAGCAAAGUUUUACACCAAUUGGUAAUUUUUUAAAGAAUAAUCCAUUCACAAGUUUACAAAUCCUAAAUCUUUCAAAUAAUACAAUGAAUAAUGAGUCGGUGGUGGGGUUAUGCGACGGGUUGGCUAAUUUCAAUCAUUCCCUAUUGUCGUUGAAUUUGUCGGGUUGUUCAAUACCAACCAAGGGUGUGGCAUUGUUGUUCAAUUCCCUUCAAAAGAAUUUCGGUAUGUCAUUGACAUUGGAGGAAUUGAUUCUAUCAGAUAACAGAUUUCAAGAUGCUGGUAGUUCAGCUAUGUCAUCAUGGUUGAAUAAAACCAGAGGUUAUAAUAGAUUGAAGAGAUUAAUCCUAUCAAAUUCUCAAUUAAACAUUGGUAUGAUAGCACCCUCAUUGAAAGUACUAAGUUGUAUAGAGUCAUUGGAUCUCUCAAAGAAUUCAAUUAAUAUUCAAUCUUGUAGAACUCUAUCGAUGGAUGGUUUGGAGGGUAUCGAAUCAAGGGAAUUUAAAAACUUGAAUCUUUCAUCAUGUGGUUUAGUCGGUGAAUCAAUUGCAACAUUAUUGGUUGCACUAUCGAGAAAUUCAAAAUUACAUAAUCUAACAUUAAAUUUACAACGUAAUGGUUUCGCUCAAAAAACAGCACUCAUUCUAAUUCAAUUGCUACCACAAUGUGCAAAAUCAUUCUUGACUGGUUUAGAUUUAUCUUUUAAUUCAUUCAAUGCAAGACAACUUGCUGAUAUAGUUCAGUCGCUUAUGGGUACAUGUAUUGAGAGUUUAGAUAUUGGUAAUAACUAUUUAGAUUCUGAUUUGGUUUUAAAAGUUGCAGAAUUGGUUAAAGAUAAUGGUUUGGUUAAAUUAGGAAUUGGCCAUCAAAGUAAACCAUUGUCAUCUGCAUUGCAUCCUCUAUUAUUGGCAGUCGGGUCAAGCAAAACCAUGCAGGUAUUGGAUAUAGUUGGUAAUGAGCUAAAUGAUCAUGGUGCUUGUAUAUUGGCCGAUUGUUUACGUCAUAAUAAAACAUUGAAACGUUUAUAUAUCAAUGGUAAUAAAUUCACUUAUGUGGGUUGGAUGUCAUUAUCAUCACCUUUUAUUUUCUAUAGAAAUACAACUUUACUUCAUUUGGAUUUACCAACUCUCUCUGAUCCAAUCCAAUUGAGUGAUUCCAAUAGUACAAUUUUAUCACCAAUUAAACGUGAUCAAAUGGAACGUGAUACCUUCUCAAAAGUUAGACUUCAAUUAAUUUUAAAUAAGAAUAAAGUACCACAAAGUAGUAGAUUCGCUUAUCUUCCAAAUUAUGAUGAACCACCAACUUAUGUCGCUCCAAUUGCAACCGUACCUGAACAUUUAUUAGUCUAUUGUACAAUUUUACCAUCUGCAAUUGAUCAAAUGGAAAAAAUUAAUUUAAAUAGUUUAAAUGGUAAUAUCUCAAAUGGAAAUAAUAGUAUCAGAAUCAAUUUAGCAAUUGGUGGUAAUGGUACAGUUGGUCAUUCUUCUUCAACAAAUACUGGUAGUGGUGGUGGUGGUGGUAAUAUUCGUCCUUCAUUAUCAUCAAUCUUUUCAAAACCAAUUAGUUUAAUUAAUGAUAUCAGAGGUGGUGGUGGUAGUAGUGAUACCAUUAAUUCUAAUAACAAUUCAAGAGUUUCAACACCAUUAUCUUGGAAUGAAAAUGAUAAUUAUAAUCGUAAUGAUGAUGAUAAAGAAGAAUUAAAAUAA